AUGACUCUCACUUGGUCUAAUUUCCCUAAAAAAGAACUAAUUCUUCAUUUUUUGGAUUAUGAAGCGAGAUGCAAUCUUCGUACUUGUUCCAAAAAUGACUUAGCGCUCGUAGACUCAAUUCAUUAUGUUCCAUCUAGAAUGAAAAUUUCUGAAAUUUCAAGUAGAAUGGAUCCGGAGAAGUCGCACAUCCGCCUAGACAUUGAAUCUUUCACAAUUUGUUUCAUCGGGAAACAUGAUAAAACAAGAAUUGAGAGAGCAUGGAACGAGGAAUUGAGUGAAAUUGCAGAGACUAAAGCUGAAAAUCGAUUUGAUCUAUUCCAAAGAUAUGUUGAUCGAUUUUUGAAUAACGGAACGCUAGAAGCAGACAUACUGCUCAUCAAACAUGUUCCCAUUGAACCUCUCGACCAUUGGAAAAUCAAAGUUUCCUCUUUCAUUCUCUUAUCUCCUGGAACUCCUGCUGGUUAUGUCAUCAAUUGGUUGACGAAAAUAGAUUCUCAACUGAAAGAACUCAUGGUUUGCAACUGGACUUUGGAAGGAGUUUCAGAAGUUCCAGCUGUAUUGGAGGUUUCUGAAAGACUUCAUUUGAGUGAAGCUGCUGAUUUGACGGAUGAACAUUUAGAGAGAUUGACGGCUACUGGCAUAACGAUUUCCUCAUUGGAAAUUACACUGAAUGGAAUCAAAAAGGCAUUGGAGAAUCACCUGAAAAACGGUCGUCGUGACGAUGAACUUAUAUUUUCCUCCAAUUUCCCGGAAGAUUUUGAUCCAGUUGAAUUAUUUCCAAACGGAUUGAAAUUCCAAAAGAUUGAAGGAAGAUUUCCAGAAGAUAACAUAUAUAAAAUCUUGGGUGGAUUUGAGAAUAAGCAUGGAGUCCAGGAUACGAGGAUUUGCCGAUGUAGCAAUACAUUAUUUCAAGUGUCUCUGGAACCUAAGAAGUCGAAGGACCAUGUACAUAUAUUGUGGCCCUGCACAUUCUGA